UUCAGAAAAAACACCAAAAUUGUUUGCCAAAUACUCAAAUGGCGAAUUCGGCAUCAGGGAUAGCAGUGAGUGAUGAAUGCAAGCUGAGGUUCUUGGAGUUGAAAGCAAAAAGGAACCAUAGGUAUCUAGUUUUCAAGAUUGAUGAAUCUGUGCAGCAAGUUGUGGUUGAGAAAGUAGGUGGACAGGCAGAGACACAUGAUGAUUUUGCUAAUAGCAUGCCUCCAAGUGAAUGCCGUUAUGCUGUUUUUGACUAUGAUUGGACUACUGAUGAAAAUGUCCAGAAAAGCAGGAUCUUCUUUGUUGCUUGGUCACCAGAGACAGCAAGGGUGAGAAGUAAGAUGUUGUAUGCAAGUUCAAAAGACAGAUUCAGGAGAGAAUUAGAUGGUGUCCAAGUUGAACUUCAAGCUACUGAUCCAAGUGAGAUGAGUUUGGAUACCUUCAUUGGAAGAAUCCAUUGAUUUUUCUCAAUUUUACAUACUUUUUGGGCCUCUAUUCAUUACUAUAUCAAGGGCUUUUAACAUAUUUAGUCGCUCGCCCAAAAAUAAUUAGAGUAUCUCACCAAUAUACAAAAAAUAUAU